AUGGAAGACGUGAAUUUACUAACCGUGCUAAAAGCCAAUUGCUUUUACCGUUGUUCAAAACGACAUGAUCACGUGGCCGAUUUUCUGCCUCCGAGCGAAUCAGAAUACAGAAAGGCUUUUGAUGGAAUAUUAGAAUUCUUCCGGGUGGCCAUAAGCCCGGUGAUGUACUUGACCCUAAACGAUGGGAAAAUUGUGCGGGAAGGGUGCCUGACAGGAGACAGUGCUUGUGCUAAGGUGUUUGGGGCCUUGCCCGCCACGUCAGCAGAUUUAUUCAAGCAGCUGUCUAGAAAGUCGCACGUGCUUCUCUACCCCGGUGGGAUACGGGAGGCCCUGCACAGGAAGGGAGAGAAGUACAGGCUGUUCUGGCCCGACGAGCCCAAAUUCGUACGCAUGGAAGCCAGAUUCCGGGCCAAGAUCGUGCCUUUUGGGGUCAUGGGUGAGGACGAUUUGGUCAAAUUGUUUAUCGAUUAUGAUAACCUGAUUAGAAUACCCUUUGCCAAGGAGAUGAUAAGGAGAACGAACAAGAACGUCGCCCGAAUUGGAGCACGGGAUGAGAAGAAGGGUGAGGUGUCGAAGGAAUUUUUCAUGCCGGGCUUCUACCCAAAGUUGGCUGGGCCGGUUUUAUUUUGUGUUCGGGAGGCCUAUGGAGAGGGAAGGCAGGGGGGAGUUGGUGAAAGAUAG